UUGCAUUCAUAUUCCAUAUAUGCCCAUAUACCAAAACAGGCAAAAUUUAAAAUGCCUCUCCACACCGGCAUUGAUAUUAGAGAGUGCGCGGAUUACUCUUGAUUAAUUACUCAUGGCCAUGGCGGCAACUGGAGUUUGCGCAUAUGCCACCGGUUACUCGCCGGUGUCCCGCCGGAAGCUGGAGAUGACAUCAUUUAGACCAAUAUUAAUGAAGCAAAGCCGGACUCGGGCAUUCGCUGUAUCCACGUUGUCGGAGCAGGCAUCAACGGUAACUAAACCCAAGUCAACAACGUCAACGCUUCCUCAGAACAGUGGAAAAUUUCAGCAACAAGAAGCGACGAAAAAUGUUUUUGCCAAUAUGGACGAAUUACCGGAGGAAGACGCUCAAGGAUUUCUUUGAGGCCUGCAAAGAGUUUAUCGGAUCAGACGGCGGUCCGCCUCGCUGGUUCUCUCCUCAGGAGUGCGGCUGCAGGGUACCCGAUUCUCCCCUGCUUAUCUUUUUUUUCCUCUGAUUUGAUGGCACCGGACUUGGGCUUCUAAUGCAUUACCGGAAAUUAGGAAAGUAAUCAAAGAUUCUAGCUUAUAAUUUAAUCUAAUUUUAGGAUAUUGUUUUAAUUUUGACUUCACACUUGCUGAGCUAAUUAAUUCUGUGCUUACUAAUGUUGUUCUUAAAUGAAAGGAAGGAUCUUUGACAUUUAGUGCUUGCAUAUUCCAGUCGAGGACAGAACAUCUUUUACAGGCCUUGAAAGCACAAUUAGGUGAGAGCACUCCAGGUCACCAAAUAGACCAAUAUAUCUUGUUGGGGAAUCCCAUGGAGGAUGCUUUGCCUUAGCUGUUACAAACCGUAACCCUGAUAUUGAUCUCCUACUUAUCUUGUCUAACCCAGGCAACGACUAGAAUUGUUGUAAUCUUUACAAACAGCAUUCCUUGAUGUCGUAAUUAUAUUUUUGCAAUAUUAACAAGAGUGCUAUUAUAAUUUCCUUCCUAAAAGGUAUAAAUGGUGUACGAAAAC